GAGAGAGAGAGAGAGUGGGAAGAAAUCAGACCCUGGGUAAGAAACAGCGAGAGAAAGUGCGUGUGCAUGUGCGUGAAAGAGUAAAUCUCAGCAGUCCUCCCAUCUCCACGCGGCUUCCUGCUCGGAUUUAUUGCCUUUUCCCGGUGGAGACGGGCGGGAUGGAGAUUCCGGGAGCACGGGGCUCUCCGAACUACUGAGAUGCGGCGUUCCCCCGGCGUUUUGCAGGCGACGUUCUGCUGACAUGGAACCAAAGGCAAUCCUGACGGUGAUGGUAUUCUGUCUGCACUGCAGUUUCGCCUUCAAACUCAUGAGAGGCCAGACAGUGUGUCGCAGGGGAGUUGAGCGCCCUUGUUACAAAAUCGCCUACUUCAAAGAUGUGUCACGCAGGUUGGGGUUCAAGGAGGCACACAGUGCAUGUCAGAGCGAUGGCGGGGAGCUACUUAGCAUUGAGACAGAAAAUGAGCAGCGGCUCAUUGAGAAGCUGAUCCAGGGCUUGUCAGCAGGUGAUGGAGAUUUCUGGAUUGGACUCUGGCGGAGUGCCAGUGGGAACGAGAGUUCGGCAGACUGUCCAAGCCUGUACCAGUGGCUGGAUGGGAGUAACGCAAAGUUUAGAAACUGGUAUGUGGAUGAACCAUCAUGUGGCAAUGAGGUGUGUGUCGUAAUGUAUCACCAGCCCUCUGCCUCCUCAGGCAUGGGAGGACCAUACUUGUAUCAAUGGAAUGACGAUCGAUGCAACAUGAAAAACAACUUCAUCUGCAAGUACGCACCAGUUCGAGUUUCUACAAUUCUGAGCCCGACUCUGGUACAAUCCCUGGAUCCGACCCUCGAUCCCACUGAAGGGAAUACAUCCGAUGUGGAAGAAGCAGCAAUUCCAGUUACUUCAUCGGUUGAGAAUGAGAAGGACUCCGCUGUAACUAUUGACAAGUCCGAAGGCAAUUCUCUCAACAUCAUCUACAUCAUCAUUCCAACGAUCCCUCUUCUCCUCCUGCUGCUCGUUUCUGCUGCAGUCUUCUGCUUCCGCUUCUUUAUCAGAAGGAAGGAGGAAAGAAGUGCGAAUGUGGAGAAAGAGCACAGCUUCUGGAUGGAGCCUGUCAGAAACCAGUCACCAAACCUGGAGAUUUACAACGUUAUCAGAAAGCAGUCAGAAGCUGACCUGGCCGGGACCCGACCUCACAUAAGGAACACGUCAUUCUGUGCCACUCCAGCUAAUCGAGGCUUGCACAGUCUGUCUGGAGAGUAUGAUAACGUGCAAGGCCACUGCGCUGAGAGCAGCUUUGUGACAAAUGAUAUCUAUGAGUCCUGCAAUGACGAAGUACCAAGAAGCAAAGAGUCAGGAUGGGUAGAGAAUGAGAUCUAUGGCUACUAGGACUCUGCAAGGUGCAGGGAUCAAGUUGUCCAGGGACUGUUUCCCCUCCUGAACAUGAUGCACUCUUGACUGGACAAAAUUGUCUAUUCCUUUUUUCCCCCCAGUGCAAUAAGAUAGAGAAAAACCAUCUAAUGACAUCAGUAUUAUGAGAAUGACACUUUACAACUAUUGGCAAGCUAGGCUCUGACCAAUUAGUACAUCAAAGGGACCCCAGGGCGUUUCAGAGAUGGAGUUGAGUGUGAGUGAGAGGGAUGUGGUUCAAAUGUUUUCUAGUCUUAUUCAUGUCAGCAUGUAAACCUUUUCUCCCUAGAAUAUCAUGGAAUGUUCUUGCUCUUUUAGCACACUGGAGAGAGCAUGCUUCGAAUGCAUUCCCACACAUUGUUUGACACUAGGACACAAACUGCAUAUUUAAG